AUCAACUGUCUGAGCGAACCCACAUAUUAAUACCAGUUAGGAAAUAGGUUGGUCAGCAGAUACAGAUAACUCGCUUCGGAGGACCACAUGCGUAUUUCCCCAGCAGAUCUUCUUUAUCUGUUAUCAAAGAGUCCGAAAUCCCGUCCGUGAUGGCUGAUUCACCAGGCUCACCUCUUUCUUCGCUUGCGUCAGAAGAGUUUGCCGAAGACCUUCAAUUCGAAGAUCGAGCUCAAUCUCCUUCAUCUGCCCAAGUACCACCUUCAAAACGACGCAAGAUUGGCCUUGCUACUUGGGACCAUCACACCCCCAUAUCCUCUGCCCAUGACGAAAUUCCUCCUACCUCUCCUGCGUCGAUAUCAUCCGACAGUUCGGCUGAACUGCCUCAGUCCCCUGAAAUAUUAUCACUGAUCGGGGGCGGUAUGGAUGAAGAUUAUAGCGGUGUAUGCCGAGACCAAGUUACGGUUUGUCAGUGGGAUGGCUGUGAUGCGAAUGACUUGGGUCACAUGGACGCCUUGGUAGAGCACAUACACAAGAAUCAUAUCAUUUCUAGACAGAAAAAGUACUUUUGCGAAUGGAAAGAUUGUCCACGGAAGGGCCAAACACAUGCUAGCGGGUAUGCAUUGAGAGCCCACAUGAGAAGCCACACCAAGGAGAAACCAUUCUACUGCACCUUGCCGGAAUGUGAUCGAAGCUUCACACGAUCAGAUGCUCUUUCGAAGCAUAUGAGAACCGUUCAUGAGACCGAAGCAUUGAAGUUGUCUGACACACUCGCAAAACACACCCAAGUUGGACCAGCGGGACCCACUUUGAUAAAGCUGCCUCGAAUCAAGCUAAAAUUAUCGCAAUCAUCCAGAGACGGCUGUUAUGGAACGGACAAGAACGGCGGAGAAGACGUUUCCCAGAAAGAACCAGUCCCUUCUGCACUUUUGGACUCUGGGCUCGGCUUCGAUGCGCACGAGCUUUCUUUGCCUUUAAGCCAAUUGUACCGAGUACUCCGUCGGCAGAUUUUCUGGGCUGAACAGGAAUCCAAACGUCUACAACUGGAGUGGCAAAGGAUCAAAAUUCAGAGGAAAGAAACCUGGAGAGAAAAGGAGACCAUCUUGGAGGAUGUCAUUCAUGCUGAAGUGAAGCUUUUUAAAUCGGCCUUGACUGCUGAGGACUUAGCCCUCGCACGAGGUGUCAGUGAUUUCCCGCCGGCAGCACCAUAACAGUGCCCAAGUUAUUGAAACAGUUGAAACAGUAGAGGAUUUGUGAAACUAUUUGAUCAAGGUUGCUGAACAGACAUUACUAUAGAUUAACUUGUUGAUAUUGUUGGCUCUAUACGGUACAAACCCUUCCUCUACCGUGAAGUCCGACAUACGCAUUCCGCAGUGAUCACUCCGAGCUUUGUAUGCCCCUUACAGCUAAUCAUCAAGGUUGUCUAUAGAAAUGAUACCGUCGCAGAAGUUGUACCUUGACAAGGCCGGGAAAUCACAUUAGGAGUUCAGAAAUACUCUUAUGUACUAAAAUCCUUAUUAGUUUAAUGAGAACUUUAAUUGGGCCAUCUAACAGUGCCGCCGCAUUCAACCAAUGAAUUCGGCCCUUCCAAACUCACAACCAAUGCGACAAUAUGUCGUGGCUGUGCCAUGUUAAGCAAAGUGUAUUAACUGAUCUAGAGUACAGCAUGGCAGCAAAUAUCAAGGCCAGAUAAUGAAUUGUUGUAGGAUCGAAGGUAAACUCAUCACAAGCAGAAACUCCGGUAUCUGAUGGUAUUUGUUGCACAAAGAAAGAUUUGAGAGGGAACAAACAAACAAUACAUGCCAGAAUCUCAACCCAAAUGGGCGAGGUCGAAGCCAAAAUGGAAAAAUAAAAAAGAGACAAAUGAUCACCAUACUCAGGAGAGCGGGAUCAAUGCCAGGGUCAAUGCCAAGGAAAACAAAAAUUGGAUCACCUAACUCCGAGGAGUGGGAUCGCUAACAGGAAAGAAGUGACUUUUUGCGAGGGGAUGGUCACCAGGCUCAGUGAGCGGGAUCAACUCGCCAACUCGCACAAAAGAGAGAAGAGGUGUGGCUUCAAAAAACAUUCCAAUUAAAACACACGAUCCUGCAAAUCCCAGAAAAGUGAAACCCCUUCACCAAAUAAUCAUAGUCGUAGUCGUCAUAAUGUAGCCCUCGCGGCCUGAAAAUGCAAUGUCCUGUUCGAACGCCCAUCUGCACCAGACUAUGCACUAAGCCGAACACGCACCAAUGUAAAAGAGGAUAAUCGGUAUGAGAUUAGUCCCGUAAGG